AAGAAGAAGCACAUGUGAUUGGCGCUUUGCUGAGCGAGGGCAAGAUGGCGGUAGCGGUGCGGAGCUUGCAAGACCAGAUUGAAAAAGCCAAAGAAGGCUUGAGAAAUGUUGACGAUAAUAUUCGUAAAUUAACGGGGCGAGAUCCCAAUGAAUCCAGACCGGGCCAGAUGCGCCGCUUCGGUGGGCCCAUGGCAGGCAUCGGAGUUGCAGCAGUGGGAGGAGGAGGAGGAGGAGGUAGAGGAAGAGGAUUGAACCUGCUCAGACGCAGUCUCUCCGACAUUGGCGGCGGUGGCCCCCCUGCCAAGCAGAGAGACAUCGAGGGUGCUCUGUUGAGGCUGGCAGGCGACCAGAGGGCCAGGAGAGAUGCGCGUCACGACAGCGACGCCGAGGAUGACGACGAUGUCAAAAAGCCGGCGUUGCAGUCGUCAGUUGUAGCUACCUCCAAAGAGCGAACACGCCGGGACCUCAUUCAAGAUCAGACCAUGGAUGAGAAGGGCAAACAGAGGAAUCGGCGCAUGUUCGGCCUGCUCAUGGGGACCCUGCAAAAAUUUAAACAGGAGUCUAAUGUUUGCACAGAAAAGCAAAAGCGGCGCUCUGAGAUCGAACAAAAGCUUGAGGUUCAGGCUGAGGUUGAGAAGAAGAAGUUGGAGAGCGAGAAGAGGGAGUUGUUUGAGGAGAGGAGAGCCAAGCAGACUGAGCUGAGACUACUCGAACAGAAAGUGGAAUUGGCUCAGUUGCAAGAGGAGUGGACCAGCCACAAUAACCUCCUGGUGAAAUUCAUUCGCACCAAGACCAGGCCACACAUCUUCUACCGACCUGGGAAGAUGUGCUCCGCUACCCAGAAACUCCUCGAUGACUCCACCAAGAAACUCAAUGUUGUGUUUGAAGAAAGGCGCGAGGCAUUCACGGAACACAUCAACAAGAUGGAGUCCCGACCACGGCGACAGCUAAACCGCGACCAGGACGGCAACGCCGCAGCGACACGGAACGACCACUCGGCGGAGGGUAAGCCAGCAGGUCAGGUAGACAAGGUGACAGGUAACAAGAGGGCGGCACGCAUGGAGGAAGAUGAGGAGGAGGAUGAGGAUCAGGAGGAGGAGGAGGAGGAGAAGGAGAAAGGGGUGGACGGAGAACAGGGGGAGGCGAGAGAGGUCACAGGGAAAGUUGAGCCAGAGGAAGCAGGGGACAGCAGGGAAGGCUUAAUUGAGGACGAGGCCAUGGAGUUUAGGGAAGCGGGGGAUGAGGUGAAGGAAGGUGAGGAAAAGAAAGAGGUGGGCGCUGAGCAAAAAGAUCACGAGGCGCGUCCAGUAUCACAGGUGGAGGCAGGCAAAGAACAAGGGGACAGCCAUAAGAUGGAGCAGGAUACACACAGUAAAGAGGGCGCCCCGGCAGACCUUGAAAGGGAAAAGACUGACAUCACGUCUCCAAUGGAAGUGAGCCGACAAGAGGCGAGUGGCAGCGCUCAGCUCGCCCCCCCAAAUCUCAACCCGGGGAAGGCGGCAGCAUCCUUGCCCGCCGACCCCCAGACGGCGGCGGCGGCCUCUCCCGCAUCCCAAAUGGCCUCCAAAGCGGAGGAGCGGGAGCCGGCGGCCAUUCUUUCGUCCGAGCUCAACGAUUCCGCUGGCCCCAAUCCGGCCGAGCAAACGCAAUCCGGGGACGGGUCGGCCGACAAGCCUCAGCCCGAUUCGCAGGUUCCCCAGAGCGGCGGCCCCGCCGCCGUCCUCCAAGAACAGAAAGAAGCUAGCGCAAGGGGGAGGAAGAAGGCCAAGGAGUCAAAGAAAGACCGCGGUCAAAGUCGCAGCUCCUCUUCUUCCUCCUCCGGCUCCUCUUCCAGCGGAAGCUCUUCGUCUUCAUCCGCUUCGAGCCGCUCUUCUUCCUCGUCCUCCUCGUCGACCUCCUCGUCCAGCGGUCGUAGUCGGGAGGCCGGCAAGCGCGGCAAGAGGCCGGCAGGCAGGGACAAGAAGAAAGAGGACAAGAGUCAUCGCAAGAAAGGAGGGAAUAGUGGGGGCAAGGAAGGGAGGAAGAGAAAGAGCGAUGAAGGCAGGAGCAAGUCAGCUUGCAGCGAUAGGGAGAAUAAGGACAGAGAAAGGAAGGACAAACGACGCUAAAAAGGGCUCCGAAAGAAGCUGGGGACUGCGGGGCAAUCGUGUCAAACCUAAUCACGCAUUCAAUUGAAGUCCCCAGAUU